CAGCAAUGAAUGGCGCUGAAUUUGAUUGGACUCGCCCUCCCGGUUUCAGCAACGAGACUUCCAGUAGAUCUCUCCACAGACGUGAAUACGAGUUUAUGAUCUCUCUGCUCUCUAUGGGGUGGGAGACCCCAUAAUAUGUAUUACUUGUCAUUUCACAAACUUGGAGGUACGAGAAGUUAAAAAAAAAAAUUUGUCAGCGUAGCGACCGACAGACAACACAAUAGGAUCAGAGAGAUGGAAGCUGCUUUGAAAGAAGUUUUUAAUGUGCAUAGAAACGUCGUACGCGAAUUGCGAGCACAGUUACAGAAGAAAACAGAUGAAAAGGACGAAAUGGAGAAAAGGCUUGAAAAGAAGUGUUUUCAACUUCAGUGUGAAAUACAGAACUUAAAAGAAAAGCAAUGCUUGUUGACAGCACUGACAGCAAGAUCUUUAACUGGUCCUCAGACUUCUGAGAACACUGUGACCAAUGAUACAUCCUUUAACACUUCACACUCUGUGCUAGAAAUACAAGUAAAACCCCAUGAACAGAUGUUAUCAGCCCUUGUGAAUCAUCAAAAACAUUUUCUGGUGGAUAAUUCGUUGGCUAAGGACAAACCCAAUAACAGCAAGAGUCCUGCUGAAUUCCAAAAGAAUAUGAACAGAGGAGAAAGUCAGCGGUCCUCCUCCCUCCAUAGUAGCGAUGGCUUCAAUGUGCACUCAUCCAACACGCAGCCUUAUUCUCUUAGCCAUAAAAAUCCUUUAGAUGGUGCUCCAUCAGGGAAUGCGUUCUUAGCAUCUGAUGAAAAUACAAAUGUACACCAGAAAAACACCCGCAUACAUGAUGAAGAAAAGAAAACUCUCCGAAGGAGACUGGUAGACAGUGGAUGUAAUAAUUCAGCUUCCCAUUUAACAUGUGAUUCAGAUGCAUCACAAACUGUGCAUUUAAAGAUGAAAAAUAAUGAAGUGACAGGAAAAGAAGGAGAAAUAAAUAUUUCAGUGGAGUCAGUGAAGCCAAUUAAAAAUGACUUGACAGCUAACAAAAUAUCCAGCGCUGGCUCCAAGCUUCGUUUGACACGUAGUCGGUGCAAAAGGCAACAUGAUAAGGAGAAUAUUCCAGACAGCAAAAGAUGCAAGGUGUCAUCUAUCAACAGCAAUUUUUUACAAGAGAAGAUACCACAGCCAGUAAACUCUUUGUCUGCACCACAGAUAAUGCGCAAUACAUCUGAUACAGCAAAUCAGAAAGGAUUUGAAGAAAAGGUUGCAACACAAACAAAAUGUGUACCACUAAUGCCUAGUAAAAAAGAACUUAAAAAGAAGGAAUCAUCCACUGAUAGCAAUAAGAGAAAAGUUUUAGUACGUAACUCAGAUCUUGUGUCUCAAGGUUUCAAGCCAGCCACAGUAGGUGAUGCAACUACUUUUACAGACUGUGAUGUAAUAAUUAUUCCAGAAACUGUAGCAGGGGAUUUAGAGAGUGAGGAUACAACUGUUGCUGCAGACUGUGAUAUAACAGUUAUUCCAGAAACUGUACCAGGGGAUUUAGAGAGUGAGGAUUCAAAUGUAAGCAAGAUUCAUGAUGUCCAAAGUGAAUAUGUUUUUGAAGGAAAAGAAGUUUCUAAAACAAAUGAUGGUUCAAGCUGCAGGUUUACACAGUAUGAUUCUGUGGAUCCCAACAAGCAAGUGGAUGGUACCACUGAAAGCAUUGUUUUUGAUCGAUCACAUUCGGUGUCAAAAUUGAAUAGGUUUCAAAAGGUCAUCUCUUGCUCUUCACUGGAUGUUAUUUCUCAAGAACCAAGACCGGUUAAACAAAGCUUGUCACUGGAUAUUAUUUCUCAAGAACCCAGACCAGUUAAACAAAGCAUACCAUUGGAUGUUAUUUCUCAAGAAUCCAGACUGGUUGAACAAAGCAUGUCACUGGAUGCUAUUUCUCAAGAACCCAGACAGGAAAUACAAAACUCUCCAGUGUUCUUAGGUCACAAACUUGAUGUGGAUGAUUCUCCUUCUCUCUUUGAUGCAGACCGUGAAGAGAAAAAGUCAUCUUUUCGGACUACUUGCUUGAACGUUGUAGCAAAUCAAAUAGAUCCAAAGUAUACUCCGCACACACAUUCACCAUUAACACCACAGAAAAGUCCUGAUUCACCUUUCCUGCUUAGACGUCCAUUGUGUAACAUCCAGAAUUGCCAAAAUUCUUUAAGCCUUCCCAGGCCUACAGAAUCUAUGAGUGACUCAUCUCCAUCCCAGUUUAAGUUUGGCCAUAGAAAAUUGACACUUGGAUUGUCUAAAGGAAAGACAAAGGUUUCUAAAGAGGACUGUCAUGAUGUGACUCUAGAUCCUAAUCUUCAUCAGUCAUUGCUAAAGGAUGUGACUCAAGAUAACUGCACAACUAAAACACCUCAUUGCAGCAUUCUGACAGCAAAUGCAGAGCAUCAUAAUAGUGAUUCGCCAGUGAGAGAUGCAACAUAUCUUAAUGACAGCUUUGAUGUAGUGCCAAGGAAGUCAAAACGGCCUGAGUAUGCAUACAAAGAAGUGGUUAGGAAAAAGGAUAAACGCAGACAAUUGAAUGGCUUCACUUGUCAAGAGUGCAUCAAGUACUAUUCCAGUAUUGGUCUCUCCAAAAAAGAAAUUGCUGUCAAAGCAAAUCAUUGCUCUAGACACCGGGCUUACUAUAACCUACCCCGCACACCAGAAAAUUUCUGGACUGUUGGCUUUCCAGACUCACAAGAAUGUGAAGAAAGAGGAUAUCAGAAGUGAGAGUGCAAGAUGUUCGAAAUUUGAUUUCCAUCAGGAUUCCUACAUUGUCUUGGGAAUGUGCUAAUCAUGAUUGCCAAGAGUGUGAAGAAUGUUUGAACUUGUUUAAAAAUGCAAACAUCUGUCCAUAAGUGCAAAUAUUUAAGUACACUGAGUGGCAUAGAAAAGUGUUUCAAUAUUUUGAGAGUUUUUGUAUGUUACAGAUUUAAUGUGAUGACUCAGUCUUCACUCAAACAAUGUACACAUAUAUUCAAGAAUAUAGAACAGCAUGUUAUAAUAUUUUAUAUUAAUGGUUUACAAAGGUACAAUUUUUUCCAGUUUUGUUUUUUUUUAUUGAGCUUUAAGUGCAAUAAAUGUUACUAGCACUAUAAAUGUUAAAUGGCAGAUACUUAAGUGCAAGGAUUUGAAUAUUCAAAUUUCUUACAUUUAAUAACACUAGUCUAAAUGA